AUGUCGGAGGGGCCGUCCGAUUCGUCUAGGUCGCAUCUAGAGCCCCCCAGCAGGACUAUGGAAAUGCAAGAUCCAGGAGCUGUCGACCAUGCAGCUUCUGAAAGCGACGAUGAACACUUCUCGGACGCUAGUGAAGGGAACCCCCAGCCACUCCCACGACCCGGUCGCACUUCCCCUGUCCCGCGAACACGAGUGGAGAGGGUUGACAGCAGCGCUCAAUAUGGCGAGAUCCCUGGCACAGCAGCAUUUGAAAAGAGGGAACAGGAUGCAGUGCCCGAUGAGAUCGAGGUUAUCCCAGAAGGCUCAGAUGGCCAGACACGUUCUCCCGCGGGGUCGGUGGACCAAACCUCAAGCCCUGAAGACUUGCCGAUUCCGCGUACAGUAGUUGAGAAGGUGGACCCUGGUGUACCUAGCCAUGGCGAAGUCCCCGGCACAUUGGCACAUGAACAGCGUCUCGCCGAUGCUGUGCCCGACGUGGUGACCAAGGCUCCGGAUUCCGAGGGCAGCCCAACGCCGCCAGCAUUCGACUCUACAGCCCCCGAGCUUGAUGUGUCUACAACAGACAUUCCCGAGACACGGCUCGAGCGGGUAGAUACAAUACCCGCUGAGGAAGUAUCGACACACCCACAAGCUCAUACAAGCUCAACAAGUGAUACAUUACCCGAUACGGUAGAAACCGUCCCAGACGUCUCAAUAUGUGAUACAGACCUGGAAAACAAAGACCUCUCAUUGGAGCAUGACAUGAACGACGACCACAGAUAUGAAAAGCAAGAAGCAGGGGAUGAUUUUGAUGAAUUUGUAGAAGAGCAGGAAGACAUGGGAGAUGAUGAUUUUGGAGACUUCGACGACGGCUUCCAAGAGCCCAGUGCAGAGGAAGCUCUCACAGAUGAAACUGCGACAUCUCAGCAAUCUAAUGCACCUCCGCCUCUUAUCGACUUUGACACAUUCAAAUCCACCUCCGAACUCCUCGACUCCCUCCAAGACACCCUCGACAUCCUCUUCCCCGCAUCCCAAGACAUAAGCUCCCUCCCUCCCGUCGAGCCAAUCCCAGACUCUGCAGCAAUCUUCAGCACCGAGCGAUCCCUCUCACUAUGGUCCCAGCUUGUGGCACCACCACCCCUCCAGCCCCAAAACUGGGUGAAAUCCCGAAUCCGCCGACUAUUCCUCGUAUCCCUAGGCGUGCCAGUUGAUCUGGAUGAGAUCCUCCCAGCCUCCAAGCAGAAAAAGCUCGUUCUCCCUUCUAUUGAUCUUGAAGGCGCCCGCGCUAAGAGCCCCGGUGCUCGCUCCCGUAGUCGAGUUCGCAAAGAAGAAGGCAACGACAACAACACCGGAAAGGGGCAAGCCCCCUCCCGUCAAAAGGCUACCUCCCGCCGUGGCAUACCGCCGGCGCCUGAAAUAGACCUCUCGGCAGUCCGCCGGUUGUGUGCCACCACCGAUGCUGCACUGAAUGGUCUCACGGAUUCAGAGUUGAAGCAGCAUGUCCAAGAACUACAUCAAGUUACCCAGCGCGCUAGUUCUGUAUUGGAGUACUGGCUGAAGCGGCGAGAUGGCUUGAUUGGCGAAAAAGAGGCUUUCGAGGGUGUCAUUGAGAACCUUGUCAGUCAUGUUAGGAGAGUCAGAAAGUAG